CGCACGUCGACGUCGCGGUCGCACGUAAGCGCGAGUCGAGCUUCGUGAGCAAGUGCUCGUACUCCGGUUUUGUCUAAUUUAGUUUAGUGUAAAGUCGUCAUUACGAUUUUGUCAUUUCACGUGGGUGAAAGGUUCGUAUUGUAAAAAUGAGUAAGCAUCAUGAACGUGAGAUAAGUGAACAUCCUGAAGUUCAAUGGGCCUUGGAGCUUCUCAAGCCAGAUCCCACAUACUAUGCUGGUCCUCUGAAGAAUUACGCAGCUGAGAUGGGUUGCAUAGGCUUGGGUAGUGCGGCUGUAGCUGCCAGCAAUCAUAUGUUAAAUUUACCACUUAAUGCUGGGUUGCACAAAUAUGCUGCAGCAGUAGUAAUAGGAUAUGGAAUAGCGCAGCUUGUAAAUAAGGUUGUUGACAAUCAUAAAGCCGAGCGUGAUACUAGAUUGAGAGAUUAUAUUAUACGGCAUCCAGAACUCUUUCCUGAACCAGAACGUGUGAAAUACAAAGAAAUACUUCAGCCAUGGAUUCCAUUACGUUAAAUGCUCAACUGUAAUUUAUUAGAAACGAUUGCAAUGCAAUGAGAUUAUAAUUGUCGUUGUAGAGGCCAGUACCCUUCGAGUCUCCUAACCAUGGAUAUUUAUUUGGGCAUUCUCUACAUGUCUCUAGAUACCUGUUCAUAAUUAAUUAUUAUAAUUUAACAAGUUUAUAAAGUGCCGUUUCGA